AUGACAGCGUUGGUAGUAUGGCUCCUUGUUGGAGCGGCAAUAUUCCAGCGCAUACUAGGCAUCUCCUUCGCCGACGCAUUGUAUUUCUGCGACAUCACUGUGCUCACCUUAGGGUUUGGCGAUGUGACCGCUUCUACGGCCGUGGGUAGGGGUAUCAUAUGGCCCUAUGCGACGAUUGGCAUCAUCAUGCUCGGUUUGGUAGUUGGGAGUAUCCAUCAGUUCGCCCGCGAGGUCCACUACGAUAAUGUGAUCAGAAAACAUAUCGAGCAUAAAAGACAGUCUACAUUCAACCGAUCCGUCACACUCGCUGAUAUGGAAGACCCUCUGAUUGUUAUGAGAGAAGAAAAGGACCGGUUCGACGCCAUGCGAGCAAUUCAGUACGAUACAAUGCGAUUCCGCCGAUGGAACGACUUAUUCAUCAGUAUUGUUGUCUUCGGAAUAGUAUGGAGCUGCGGAGCAGUCGUCUUCUGGAAGCUAGAGGACAUCACCUACUUCGAGGGACUCUACUUCUGCUUCUGCUCCCUCCUUACAAUAGGGUAUGGUGAUUUCACUCCUCAAUCAAAUGCAGGACGGCCCUUCUUCGUCAUGUGGUCGCUUAUUGCCAUCCCGACCAUGACCAUGCUCAUUUCUCAAAUGAGUGACACAGUCGUGGCUGGUUUCAAAACCUCCACUGAGACGUUUGCCAAUUACUUCGUCAUGCCGCAGGCCAGCACAUACAAAGAGUUCUUAGGUCGCGUGCCGUUUUUGAUGCAAUACAUACAACGGCACGAAGAGAAGAAGCGACUCAGUCAUGGAUUUGAAGUCGGGACAGACAUAGACGACACCGUUGAUCCAGAAGACGAACCUUCUCAACUAAUCAAGGCAAAGCAAAAGCCCUCUUCGGACCGACCAAAACGCACAAUCGAAGAACUUGCCAAAGACUCAAACCCCUCACCAUACGAACUAGCCCAACAACUUGCCUUCGCUAUCCGAAGCGCCACACAAGAUUCACGCGGCGGGAAGCGAAAGCGAUAUAGUUACGAAGAGUGGGUAGAAUUCACCCGUCUAAUCCAAUUCACUGACCCAAAAUUCACACCAAAUAAUCCCGAUAAUAAUGAUGCGGGCUUAUCGAUCGAUAAGGAUGAGUACGGUGUUCUGAACUGGGAUUGGAUCGGUGAGAAUAGUCCUUUGCUGGCCCAGCAGACGGAGCCCGAAUGGGUUCUUGAUCGGCUUUGCGAGAGUUUGAUUCGAUUUGUGUCGACACUGGAACAGGGUCGAGCUGCGGCCGAAGGCGAGGAACCGACUUUACGAAAAGAACAGGAUUUGGGUAUUGAAGAAUUUUAA